AUGGAAUUGCGAAUUCGCAAACUGCUCUCAUUGAAAAAGUCCAAGGCUCGGCCUAGUAUCGCCAAUAGUGAAUUGGAUCUGCACAGCAUUCCAUACACUACCGCACAGCCUCAAGGCCGGAUUCCAGUUUUCCUUAAUCACGCCCUGGGUCGCCCAGCUACAGCCAACCGCAAUGAAGAACAGUCGAACCAGAUUCAUUCCUAUUCCUACAAUGCAACAAUCCCAGGCACACCGCCCGAGGUGGGAGAUCGGCCCCAACGCGGAAAUGGUCCUGUGAAGCUUCAGACAAGCCGUCGCUUGAGCUCUGGUGAAUUGCUUGUCACCGAACAAGACUAUGAUCGAACCCUCGAUGAUAUUCGCCACGGCGAGUUUAUCGUCGGGGGGAAGCAGAGACGCACAUCUCGUCCUCCGCGAGCCGAUGCCAGCAAGCCUCAGCAGCCCAUUUUCGUUUCCACCGCACCAAACUCCCCCCGUGCACAGUCGACCUUUUCUUCUUCCGUCUGUUCACCCAAGACAUCUGCCAGCGAUGAACCUGUCUCAGGCUCGUUGACGUCGCUCUCGACUUCUCUUACCCCUGUCCCGCCACACCAAAAGGCCAUCGCAUUGUCCACCGAAGCUCGCUUCAAGGACCUUGAAGCAGUUCUCACCGGCCGGUCUAGCUUUACUCACUCCAGUGCAUCCCAGCCUUUUGUUUCCAAUUACAUGGCUUCCACCACAUCUCUCCUGGAGCCCAAUGACGAGCGAACUCCCACGAUCCAGGCUUUGUGGAAGGCCGAAUACAGCAGACUCGCAUCCAUCUACGGCCAGCCUAGUGUGGAUCGCACCAUCUCGGUGCCUAACCAAAGCCCAAGGUCUGUUGCCAGUCCGCGACUUCCUCAGCACGUUCUCUCUCAAAAUCAAACUACCCCUUCAGCUUCCCCUGCUCUGCAACCGACACCCCAUCUGACCUACGACCUGGAAAGACACGGGUUACAUAUCCGAAGUGACAUGUCUGCAUCUCACCUAGACCUCGAGCAUUCUGACAGCUCCUCCAAUGUAAGGUGUUCCUUACUCUCCUCUAGUGGUGCAUCCUCGUCCUUCACUGCACGCACAAGCAUCGUCGAGGAUAGCACAACCACGAGGGAGGACGUCCGGCGUAUCGUCGACGACAUGCGGAUGAAUUAUCUCAACGCCAUAGAAGCCCAAACGCCUCCACUCCAGCCUCUCCCUGACCUGCCAUCUCAAAAGCCACGAUCCAAAAAGAAAACAAGGUCGCUGGCGUCCUCAACCUCGGUGGAAAGCGGAUCACGUUCUGUGCAUCGAAACUCUAGUGCCCGCGCAAGGUCGUGGCAAUCGACCGUUUCGUCUCACCACUCGAUAACGCCAAGAACAUCCACCUCAUCGCCGCCUACUCGGUCUCUCAACAAACGCAAGAGCUCUGGGAACAGUCGAAGGACCUCGGGCCAGGUGGCAGGCAUCUCGUCCUUGCCAGCGAUCGAGGCUAGCCCAGCUAAG